GACAGCUUCUCUCCAGCCUCCUGCAGUGAGGGUGACAGCUCUGCUAAGAACAUAUGGCCACUUCUGGAAAGGUUAUCAAAUGCAGAGCUGCUGUUGCCUGGGCCGUGGGAAAACCUCUCUCUGUUGAGGAGGUGGAGGUUGCGCCUCCAAAGGCAGGGGAAGUCCGUGUCAAGGUUGUGGCCACGGGCAUUUGUCACACAGAUCAGCACGUUUUGGAAGGCUUGUUUCCCAGUGCAGAUUUCCCACUUAUCCCAGGCCAUGAAGGAGCUGGGAUUGUGGAAAGUGUUGGAGAAGGAGUGACCUCUGUGAAACAAGGUGAUAAAGUCAUCCUCCUUUGCCUUCCACAGUGUGGGAAAUGCAGUUUCUGCCUGAACCCUGAAUCCAACUACUGCAGGAAGACCCACUUUUCUGAAUCCCAAAGUGUGCUGCCUGACAAGACCAGCCGGUUCACUUGCAAAGGGAAAAUGAUCCACCACUUCCUGUGGGUCAGCACCUUUGCAGAAUAUACCGUGAUCCCAGAGUACGCCGUGGCCAAGCUGGAUGCUGCAGCACCUCUGGACAAGGUCUGCUUGUUUGGCUGUGCAUUUUCCACAGGCUAUGGGGCCGCCAUCAAUACCGCCAAGGUAAAACCAGGCUCCACCUGUGCUGUCUUUGGCGUUGGAGGUGUUGGCCUCCCCGUUGUCAUGGGCUGCAAGGCGGCCGGAGCUUCCCGCAUCAUCGCCAUUGACAUCAACAAGGACAAGCUGGCCAAGGCCAAGGAGCUGGGAGCCACUGACUGCAUCUGUCCUCGAGACUUCAAGAAGCCAAUGCAGGAGGUGAUCACUGAGAUGACCGGCCACGGUGUGGACUAUGCUUUUGAGGUCAUCGGGCAUGAGGAUACCAUGAUUGCAGCCCUGGCUUCCUGCAACAUGAACACUGGCAUCUGUGUGAUGAUUGGGGAACUGCCUUCUGGUUCAAUGAUUUCUAUCGAUCCUAUGCUUCUGCUGACAGGACGUACGUGGAAGGGAUGUCUGGUUGGAGGUUGGAAGAUGAGAGACUGUAUCCCUAACUUAGUUUCCAGCUGCUUGGAGAAGAAAGUCAACCUAGACUUGCUGAUCACACACAGACUGCCAUUCGCUAAAGUGAACGAGGGAUUUGAGCUGCUACGUGCAGGAAAAAGUAUUCGCACCGUCCUGCUCUUCUGAAGGACACAGCCAGGGGAGGCACAGCAGAGGGGCCAGAACAGCAGACCA